CUAGAUCUCUCUCUCUCUCUCUUGAUUACUUGAUGAUUACUUAGUACAAGUGUUCAAUUACUUCUUUUCUUUGUUUGGUUAAGCUAGAUAGUCUCCGCCUUGUAGGCCGGUUUGUAGAUUACGUUUUGCACUUUUUCUCUAUUUAUUUACUUGGGAGGUUUUGGUUUUGGAGUAACAAAGUAGCCAAAGCUUAGAAAGAGAAGGCAAGUCUCCAGCUUCCAGGAAUUCUCUCAUUUUUUUUUUCUUCUUUUGUGGAUGUGUCCCAACUGGGCUCAAUUCAAGUGUUUCAAUUGUGUGGUACAAAGCUAAGAGAGAAUUUUAAACAAUUAAUAUCCUGUGGAAUCUGGUUUAAGUUAUUGUUUUUUCAGUUAUGAAGAGGUUCAGCAGCCCAGAUUCUUUGGGUGCUCUAGUCCCCAUUUGCCCACAAAAAGAUUCAGAGGAGAAGUAUAAAGAGACAGAGAGAGGUUAUAGCAAGGAAUUUCAGGCCAUGUUGGACACUUUAGACCAAGACGAUUGUGCAGAAGAAUUCACGGGAAAGAAAAGACGAUUAAGCUCGGAUCAAGUCAAGGCUUUGGAAAAAUAUUUUGAGGUCGAAAACAAGCUAGAGCCAGAAAGAAAAGCUAAAUUGGCAGAUGAACUUGGCCUCCAACCAAGACAAGUAGCUAUUUGGUUCCAAAAUCGCCGAGCCCGUUGGAAGACAAAACAAUUGGAGAAAGAUUAUACCCUCCUUAAAGCUAAUUAUGAUUCUCUUAAGCUUAGCUAUGAAAAUCUUCAGCAACAAAAUGAAGCUCUCUCUAAACAGGUUGCACAAUUGAAAGGCAGAGUGUGCAGAGAGAGUUCAGAGAGCAGUGAAUCUGUGAAAGAAGAGUCUCCAGUUUCGGAUCACACAAAGAAGAGUGAUUCACAAGAGAAUAGUACUGAACAGAAAGCAGGGCUUGAAGUUGAAGGAUACGGAAAUCUUAAGCCCAAAUUAUCAGAUGGGUCAUCAGACAGCGAUUCCAAUGUUGUCGAUGUCGUGACAAGAGAAGAUCAUUGUGGCGAACUGAAAUUCUCACUUGGGCUAAAUGGGAUGUCGUCAUCUUCAUCUUCAUCUUCGAGCUCAUUAAUGGCGAAUUGGUUUCAGUUAUCGGAUUCCAGAGCUAAUUUCCCGGUUAAGAUGUGCCAACCUCAGUUCAUGAAAGUGGAGGACCAGUACACGAGUCUUUUUGGCUCUGAGGAUCAGUCUUGCAAUAGUUUCUUUUCGGUUGAUCAAGCUCCAACUCUCUAUUGGUACUUACCUGAGCAGUGAAAAAAUAAAAAAAAUAAAAAAUAAAAAAAAAAUCUGAUGAAUAAAAUUUCGUGCUUUGAAAAUUAAGUACAAACGUGUAGUUCGUUAGUAAUAAUGAUGAUGCUAAAAUCUUAAUGUCGAUUGUGUUAAUUAAUGUUAUGCUGAGGUGAGUAAAAGUAGCUCUAAUCCAAAUCAAGUACUACACAAUCAUUACGGUGCAAUAGUUAAUGUUGUGCUGCACGGCGGUUUUUCUCAUCGUGCAUGCAAUUUUGAAG